UUGUAGGAUUUAGGUACAUUUGCUUUAGCUUUGAGGCGUUUGUUAUUCUCUCGUAGAACUGAUUAAUAAGAUUCUGUAUUAUCCAAAUCAUCAUAAUGACGAAGAGAAGGGUUGGGGGGGAUGAAAAAGAAAGAAGGUUGUGGAAAGAGCCUAAACUGCGAAGAAAGAAAAAGAAACAAGCAGGUACCGCCGGCACCAGGCCAGAAAAUGGAGAACCUGAGAAUUCCCUUCACACAAACUCUGCAGGCAGCGAAGCGGAGGAUGACACGGAGUUGCCAGCAUCAGUAGCGCUGCGAGACACUUUUGGCUCUUCAUCUAUAGAUAACAGUGCGCAUUAUUCCGCUCCGUCGCAUUUGACACCGAAGGAAGAAAUUGUUCCUCGGAAGCCAAGCACACAGGCCUCCGCCGCCGAUAAUGCGGAGCAUUUGCGAAUUGCAGAUGAUGUUUCUUUAGAAGAUGUAAUAUCUGAAGCCAGUGAAAAAGAAGACGAGAGCGAUGCCGACGAAGAGCAGCCCAAAGCUGUUGGAUUUGAGAAUGAUCCGUUUGGCAAGCACUUGGAACAUGUGAUACCUGACAGUGUUGCGGAACGUGCACAACAGCGAAAAGAUUUUACUGAGAACGAAUAUACGUUUCCGUGUGUGGGGAAAUGCAGCAUUCGUCGUCUCGGACCUAAUAAACCGGAAUUGUACCUUUGUAAUUUAAGAAACUCCUUCGUGCGAAAAAACCUGUUGAAUAAUAUUUCAUCGGGUGACUGCUGGUCUGAAGUGAGCGAUGAAUAUUUUGGAAUCAUCAACAGCUACGUCGAUUUGUUUCAUUUUCACAUACAUCACGACACCGAUUUGGAUAUAAAGCGCGCUUAUUGUUUACAUGUCCUUAACCAUGCUUUAAAAACCAGGAACAAAAUAAUCUCUCACAACAGUAAGAUUGCAGAAAAGAAAGAUAGAUCGACAGAAUAUCGAGACCAGUCUUAUCAUCGACCGAAAACCCUAAUUUUACUCCCUUUUCGGCAUAAUGCUUACCGUAUUUAUCAGAUCUUUUGCCAGCUGUUGAAUGCCAAAGAAAAAACACAGAUUAUGAAUCGAAAACGCUUUGAGGAGGAAUUUGGAUGGACCAACUCUGAUCCAGUGGCCAAUGAUCCCGAUCGCCCGGCAGAUUUUAAGGCCAAUUUCUCUGGCAAUACGGAUGAUUGUUUUCGCAUCGGAAUCGCAUGCUCCAAAAAAUCGUUGAAGCUAUACACUGAAUUCUAUGCUGCGGAUAUUAUCAUUGCAUCGCCUUUGGGGCUUAGAAUGAUUAUUGGAAACGAAGGGGAUAAGAAGUACGAAUAUGAUUUCCUUUCUUCCAUAGAAUUGCUGAUUUUGGACCAAGCAGAUGUGUUUUUAAUGCAGAACUGGGAUCACCUUUCGCACAUUCUUAAGCACAUCCAUCGUUUACCCGUCAGCACGAAAGAUGUGGAUUUUUCUCGUAUUCGUCCGUGGCUGCUGAAUGGAUGGGGCAAAAUUUAUCGGCAGACGCUGUUGUUUUCGUCGAUCCGAUUGCCGGAGAUGCAGGCUGUAAUGAACCGACACUGCUUUAAUUAUGAAGGGUCGGUAACUGUUACCUAUUCGGAUGUCGAUCGUUCGCUAUCGCGAGUAAUGUCUUCUAUACCACACGAAUUCCAUCGAAUUCAGAGUCAAGAUCCACAGAAAAUGGCGGAUAUUCGGUUACGAUAUUUUUUGGAUAAGAUACUGCAGCCAUUGUUGGAUACAAACAACGGCCAUACCAUGAUUUUUGUCCCUUCGUACUUCGAUUUUGUAUGCAUCCGAAACCAUUUCAAGCGCGAAGAACUCAGCUUUGUGCAGAUUUGUGAAUAUUCAUCAUCAGCAAAAGUGGCCAGAGCCCGUGACUUGUUUUUCCAUGGCAAAAAGAGAUUUUUGCUUUAUACCGAGCGCUUCCAUUUUUAUCGCAGAUAUCGAAUCCGAGGAAUCCAGCGAAUUAUUUUCUUCGAACUACCCCACUAUCCGCAGUAUUAUUCUGAAGUGUGCAAUAUGAUGACAGCAUCAGACAAUGCAGCAACCGGAGAGAAAGCCAUUGCUUUGUUUUCUAAAUUGGAUUUUUUAAAACUGGUCCCCGUUGUGGGUGCACCAAAAGCAAAAGAAAUGGUUCAGGGAAACAAAUCUCAAUACACUUUUGUAACAGGUGGUACGGAUUCCUGAUUAAGUUAUGUGCAUUUUCUUUUUGGUAAGGAUCUGUGCGAAGGGUGCAGAAGUCCAAUUAAAAAUAAGAAAACUAAAAUUAAUG